AUGACUACAACCGCGAAUUGUUAUGUCUGGCCGUCUUGCCACGACUGUUCGGCGUCUGUCAGCCUGAGUAGUUCCCAGUUUGGUGUACAACAAUGUCCGCUCCAAGUCCAGGCAGCGCUGGCAUGCCAUCGUGCGCAUCAAGUUCAGUGUCAGCAGUGCCUGGGUACAACGCACUUUCACAAGAGUUUUCACUUUAUCAAAAUUCAACUUUUUUUCUUUUUCUUCUUCUUUUUCUUCUUUUCUUCUUCCUUAUUUUCUCCACUUCUUCUUCCUUAUACUUUUUCCUCUUUCUUUUUUCUUCCAUCUUCUUUUUCUUCUUCCUCUUCUUCCUUCAUUUUUCUUUAUCUUUUUUCCUUCUUCCUUCGUUUUCUUCUUCUUCUUCUUCCUGAUCCUUAUUCUUCCUCUUUUUCUUCUUCUUCUCAUUUUUGCUUCUUAUUCUUCCUUCUUUUUUCUUCUUCCUCUUUCUUCUUCCUUCUUUUCUUUCUUCUUCCUUCCUCUUCUUCCAUCUUUUUCUUCCUCUUCUUCCUUUUUCUGCCAUCUUCUUUUUUUCCACUUCUUCCGUUCUUCUUCUUCUUCUUUUUUCUUUCGUUUUAUUCUUCUUUUUUCUUCUUCUUGGUCUUGUUCCUCUUCCUUCUUAUUAUUCUUUUUCUUCUUCCUUUUUGUCUUCUUUUUCUUAUUCUUCUUCAUCUUCUAUCUUCUUUUCCUCCUUCUUCUUAUUAUUUUUCUUUCUUCUUCCUCCACAUUUUCUUCUUCUUCUUCUUCUUCUUAUUAUUAUUAUUAUUAUUAUUAUUAUUAUUAUUGUGUUAG